AGUCAUUCCGGGUUAUUAAACGGGGGCCAUUACAUCUCGUACGCUUGUAACCCAAACGGACAUUGGUACUGCUACAACGAUAGUUCUUGUCGAGAAGUUUUAACCGAUUCGAACGAAAAUAACAACAACGAUAAGGCGCAACUAAAUUAUUCGACGACCCAUAUUAACCCACGGAUUAAUUCCCCGCUACAAACGCCUUUAAUGCGGAGAAGAAACGGAAGUAAUUCGAGUUUGUCCCAAAUUUCCACCGACACUUUAUGCAAUAACAACAAUAAUAACAAUAAUAAUAAUAACGAUCAAAAAUUGACGAACAAUUUAAGCGAUGAGAAUAAUUCAUCAUCGGAAACUCACACGUUAGUGAAUUCAAAAAUUAAUUCCCCAAAGAACUCGCCGUGUUUCCAAGAACGGAAGUUAAUGAAAAAGAUUUUCGAUGGAUCUGAAAAUUCGUUGAAUUCGUUUAAAUGCGCUUACACCGACGUGAAAGUUCCAAAAAUCGAUACAAGCUCGGCGUAUAUCUUGUUUUAUGAGAGAUCGGGGUUGGAUUAUCGGCCGUAUUUGCCGGAAGUUGCUUCGAAUAGUCCGGGUCAAGCGGCGGAAGUGGAAUUGGAGGAGAGUGAGACGGAGUUGAGGAAGAAUUGUGUUAUUCAAUAA